AUGGAUAAUAAGACACAUUUUUUCUAAGUUAAGGCAAUUUUCUAGAAAAACCUAGUUUGCUCAUUUAGAAAUAGAGAAUUUUUAGCAGAAACCCUUAUCCCUUUAAUUUGUGGAUUGAGUUUGGCAGCAAAAGAUAUAGAUGGAACUUCAUUGAUAGCAUUUUUUUCUCCAUUUUUUGUUUCUUUGGCAAUAUUUUCAAAUCCAAGAUCACUGUUAAUACAUUUAUGUGAAGAGAAGGAACAAAAGUUUAAAGAGACUCAAAAGGUAAGAAUUUUGUUUAUAAUAAUAGAUUAUGGGAUUGAAACAAAGUUCAUAUUUAUUAGGUUGGAUGCUUUAUGCUUAUUUUAAAACAUUUAUGGUAUGAUAGUAAUAUGAAUUAAUAGUCUAUGAUAAUAUUUUUUAUAUCUUGGACUGGGUUUGGAUAUAUAAUGAAUUAUAGUCAUGAUAGAAACAUAUAUGGAUUUGAUUCUUAAACAGAUUGGUAUGUAAUAUUUGGACUUUAUUUUAUUUAUGGGAUAUCAUUGAUUCAUUAUUCAAUGUUUUUGACAACAUUUUUUUCAAAGUCAAAGACAGCAAAUGAAAUAACUACACUUUUAUUAGUAGUAUCAUUAAUUUUGCCAUUUUUUGGAUUCGUAGAGAAGUUUUAAAGGUAGAGUAUAAUUAUGAAAUAUGAUUAGCACUUUCUUUUUUAUAUUGAUAUCUAUAUUUCCUUAGACAUGUAUAGCACUUUCUUAUUUAUCAACAUAAUAUGGAGCAUUUCGUACUUUAUCAAUAGUGGUGAAUUAUUAUUUUUCUUAUGAGACAAUGGCAAUACAAUUAGUAAUAUUGUCAGUGUUGUUUUUAUUGUUGUAUUUUUAUUUAGAUGCAAUAAUUCCAAAUGAAUAUGGGAUUGCAAAGCAUCCUUUAUUUUUUUUGCAUUUUAAUAAAAAUGAAAUAGAGAAACGAAAAGUAGAUUUAGAGAAUCCAUUAAUGAAUGAAUAAGAAGGGAAUGUAGCAUCAUCAACAUAUAAUGAUGAUAGUUCCAGUGCUUAUUAUCACGAAUAAAGAAAUUAUUUGAAUAUGAAACCAUCAGUUAAAAUAAGAUAGAUAGUGAAAAAGUUUGGAAAUUUUACAGCAGUAGAUUAAGUGAGUUUAAAUUUAUAUUCUAAAGAAAUAUUAUGUUUAUUAGGACAUAACGGAGCAGGGAAGACUACAACAAUAAAUGUAUUAACAGGAUUAUUAAGUUUAAGUGGAGGCAAGGUGUAUGUUUAUGAUUAAGAGUUAGAGAGUAAUUUAGAAGAGAUUAGAGAAAGGAUAGGUAUAUGUAAUUAAAGAGAUGUUUUAUAUGAUGAGUUGACAGUAAAAGAAUAAUUAUAAUUUAUGGGGAGAAUAAAAGGAUUAGAAGGAAAUGAUUUAGAAUAAGAAAUAUAAUAGAUUCUUACAACUACAUUAUUAAAUAAUGAAAAAGAUAAAAUAACUAAAACAUUAAGUGGUGGAAAUAAAAGAAAAUUAUCAUUAGCUUAAGCAAUUAUUGGAGGAUCAAAUGUAUUAUUUUUAGAUGAACCAACUUCAGGAAUGGAUGCAUAAACAAGAAGAGGAAUAUGGGAAAUAUUAGAAAAAGUUAAAUUAGAGAAUAGAACUCUUGUACUUACAACACAUCAUUUGGAUGAAGCUGAAGAAUUAGCUGAUAGAAUUGCUAUUAUGGCUGCAGGUAAAUUACUUGCAUGUGGUAGAAGUGAAUAUAUUAAAUAAAACUUUGGAGAAGGAUAUUCUAUAUCUAUUACUAUUUUAGAUAAAGUUAUUGAUAAAGAUGAAAUCAUUCAUUUUACUUAAGAAAAUCUACCUUAAGCUAUUCUAGAUCCAUAAUCAUCAUAAUUAUCAAUUCUAUUUAAAAUUAAAUUUAAUUAAAAGAAAUUCUUACUUAACUAUUUCAAAGCUUUAGAAAAGAAAUUUGAUGAUAAAUUAUCUGUUAAUUUCAAAAUAAACUCUUUAGAAGAUGCUUUUAUUAAUAUAGGAAUGGAUGAAGAGAGAUUUUUAGAAAAAGCAAAGAAAAUGGUUGAAGGAAGAACAAGUAUAAAUGAAGAUAGAGAUAGUAUCAUUGGUACUGAUCAAUUUGCUGAACUUAAAUCUAAAGUUCCUGUACCAAAUUGUUUAAAUAGAGGUAUAAAUAUAUAUUAAAAUUAUUAUAGAACCUGUCUAUUCAUUUAAAUAAUAGACAUUUGCUAUUUAUUUAAGGAAGUUUUAUACAACAAUUAGAACUUUUAGUAAUUAUUUGGCUAUUCUAAUUCCGUUUGCCUUGAUGAUAACUGGAAUUAUUGUAAUUGGAGAAAUGGAUUUGGGAGAGGAGGAUGAAUAAACAAAAAUUAUAAGAAUGAUUUUCUUUUCUCUCUUUGCUAUUAUUGCACUUUGUUUUAAUUCAUCUUUAUUUAUAAUGUAACCAGUUUUAGAAAGAGAAACAAAUUUAAAAUAUGCUUUAGUUGCUAUGGGUUGUAGACCAUUUCCUUAUUGGUUAGGAACAUUUUUAUUUGACUUUACUAUUUAUUUUGGUAUGAUAUUCUUAAUAAUUUUGAUUUCGCUUUCAUAUGAAUUUCUUAGUGAAAAAAUAGGUAAACUAAUUUUUAUAUUUUUUUCAUUUGGAGUUUCCUUUAUUGUAUUCUCUUAUUUUAUUGGAACAUUAUUAUAUGAAAAAGCAUCAAAAGCAAUGAAAACAUUUCCAUUUUUAAAUUACUUUGUAUUUUUUGCUCUUCCUUUAAAUGCCUGGCUUAUUGUUGCCUUAAUAUUUAUGUAAGGGAAUUCUUCAGAUUAAUUAUCAGAUGGAUAAACAGUUGUAAUAAAAUUAGUGGAUUUGCUUUGUUCAUUAAUCAGUCCUUUUUAUUCAUUCUUCUAAGCAAUUAUUAAGUCUAUUGAUAUUGAAAAUGGAAAUGGAAGUGUUCCAUACAUAUCUAAAGAAUAUUGGGUAUACUGUUUACUAAUGAUUAUUUAAAGUGUUGGAUUCUUCUUUCUCAAUAUUUUAAUAGAGAAUAAGAAAUAUUAUAAAGGAAUGUAUUCAAAUAAUUUAAGAUGUAAUAAUUAUAUACCUGCAUAAAUUAAUGAUCCAGAAGUUCUUAAAGAGAUUGAUUAAAUUUCAAAAGGAACAAUUAAUCCUCCUAUUAAAGUGUUACAUUUAUAAAAACAAUACAAUCCAACUAACUUUUUAGCUGUUAAAGAUAUCACAUUUGGUGUUGCUUAGAAUGAAAUUUUAGGUUUAUUAGGACCUAAUGGAGCUGGAAAAUCUUCUACAUUUAAUAUCUUAACUUCACUCAUUACUAAAUCCUCUGGUAGUGUUAAAAUAAAAGGUGUUGAAAUAGAUAGAACAUAAUCUGAUAUCUUUAGAGAUACAGGUAUAUGUCCAUAAUUUGAUUGUCUUUGGGAAAAUCUUACACCUUAAGAACAUUUAUAUUUAUUUGGAAGAAUGAAAGGAUUAAAUGGAACUGAUCUUGAUUAAAGUGUUGCUUACUUUUUAAGCACUAUGCAAUUAGAAGAAUAUAUCUCACGUAAAUCUGGAUUAUUGUCAGGUGGAAAUAAGAGAAAACUUUGUGUUAGUAAUGCUCUUAUUGGAGGACCAAGUAUUUAAUUCUUUGAUGAACCAAGUACAGGAGUUGAUCCUAUCGCUAGAAGAUUCUUAUGGAAAACUCUGAGAUUAGGAGUCAAACUUAGAUAAAGUUCAGUAGUAUUAACUACUCAUACUAUGGAUGAAGCAGAAAGUUUAUGUGAUAGAAUUGCUAUUAUGAUUAAUGGAGAAAUAUUUUGUUUAGGCAAUCCAAAAGAACUUAGAGAUAGAUAUGGAGAAGGAUAUAAAAUAACUAUCAGAAAUCCUAACAAUAGACAAUAAAUUCUUAAUAUUAUUAAACAAAAAUAUUCCUAAGCUACAGAAACAUAAGAAACACAUGAAGAAUAUCAAUCUAUACAUGUAAUUAUCUUUUAUCAUUUAUUAGAUUCCCACAAAUCAAUUUUAAUUUUAUAAUGUCUUCUAAUUGUUAUCAGAUUUAGAAUCUUAGAACUAUAUCUAAGAUUUUACUAUUAAUUAAUCAACAUUAGAAUCUGUUUUUCUGUAGUUCUCUUAAUUUUAGUAAUAAUAAUAAUAAAUUAAUUGA